CGUUGUAAACAACGCGGCCAUUGGCUGGCUCCAGAUGCCCCCCUUUCACUCGCCUCGUUAGUGUUAGGGCCGCCUGCUAAGCACAGCUCCCAGCAAACCCUGUCAGGAGCCGUUCAGACUGUCACAAACUGAGAGACACAGCGGAUGCUGGGAGUUGUAGUUCUAAAAUAACAAACACUGUUAGGAUGUGCCAGUGCGAAAAUACAGCGGCAGCUCUGGUCAGUAAUAACCGGAGAAAACGGUGGAAACGUCCUUAGUUAGGCUGUGACGUCUGUUUAUGUGCGCCGGCGGCGCGGUGACGUCAUCAACCUGUGACCCAUGUGGAGCUGAGCGGCAGAAUGAGCAGGAGCGCUGGUUCCCAGCAGGGUAGUUACGGUAAGUGGACGGUGUCCAGUAGUGAAGAUGAGUCCGAGGACCAGCCAACGUCUUCUACCUCUGCAUCUAAGGUGAAAACCCGUGUCAGCCCCCCGCCUCUGUACCCCUGUUCUGACGCCAGGAAGGAGUCUUACAAGAGGAAGUCAAAUCCACUGAAGUUUGAGGAGAUCCCUGGAAAGGAACCAUCACCAGCCAAGAGGCUAAAAACAGAAGGGGAGGACUCCGGUUGGCGCCUGUCCAGCAGCGAGGACGAGUCACAGCCGGAAAAGACAGUAAAAUCAGAGAGAGGGGGGACAUCAUGUAAAAUGGAGGUGCCAAAGCUGCAGAAGGAAAGUAGGCACAGCCCAGCUGCACAUGACAAAUAUAGGACCCCUAGUGAUCCUCAGGAUCCCUGGGAUGUACUGCAGAGUGGGGAGCCUUUCAGCUUUUAUUUGACCAAAGUCACAGGUAUUAAGCCCAAGUAUAACACGGGAGCUCUCCACAUUAAAGAUAUUCUAUCUCCUCUCUUUGGGACCCUGGUGUCUUCAGUUCAGUUUAACUACUGCAUAGAUGUGACUUGGCUCGUAAAGCAGUACCCGGAGGAAUUUCGGAGUAAGCCAUUAUUGAUUGUCCAUGGCGAGAAGCAGGAAUCCAAAGCUCGGCUGCAUGAAGAUGCUCAUCCCUAUGAGAACGUCCGGCUCUGUCAGGCUCGGCUUGAUAUGGCGUUCGGGACUCACCAUACGAAAAUGAUGCUGCUGUUGUACGAGGAAGGUCUGCGAGUCGUCAUCUACACCAGUAAUCUCAUCCGCGAUGACUGGCACCAGAAGACGCAGGGGAUCUGGCUGAGUCCUCUGUAUCCCAGACUGCCCGAAGGCUCCUCUUCAUUAGCCGGUGAAUCAGUAACCAACUUCAGGGCUGACUUGGUGGCGUAUCUGGCCUCUUACAACUCGCCGAGCCUCAAGGAAUGGAUGGAUAUCAUUAAACAGCACGAUCUGUCGGAGACCAGAGUUUAUUUGGUCGGAUCAACACCCGGGCGGUUCCAGGGAUAUGACAAGGAGAAAUGGGGGCAUUUCCGUGUAAGAAAGAUUUUAAGAGAGAAAGGCAGCCCGAUCACCGGCGUGGAAUCUUGGCCUGUGAUUGGUCAGUUUUCCAGCAUUGGCUCAAUGGGGUCUGAUCAAAGCAAGUGGCUGCAUUCAGAAUUUAGCGAGAGUUUGAAGACCCUGGGGAAAGGAGUGAAAACUCUGCCACGCUCAGAAAAACCCCUACAACUGAUCUACCCAUCUGUCGAUAAUGUUAGAACCAGUCUGGAAGGAUAUCCUGCUGGCGGCUCCCUGCCAUACGGCCUGCAGACGGCUCAGAAGCAGCCCUGGCUUCAUUCGUAUUUCCACAAGUGGAAAGCGGAGACGUCAGGCCGCAGCAGAGCCAUGCCGCACAUCAAAACCUACAUGCGGGUAUCGCCAGACUGCCAGGAACUGGCAUGGUUCCUGGUGACAAGUGCAAACCUCUCCAAAGCUGCGUGGGGGUCUCUGGAGAAGAAUGGGGCCCAGCUGUUUAUCCGGUCCUAUGAACUGGGGGUCUUAUUCCUGCCAUCUGCUUUUGACCUCCCCAGUGGAACCUUCCAGGUGAAGCUGAAUAUCUUCUCCAGUAAGAAAGAUUCUUCCGGAACGUUUCCAGUUCCAUUUGAUUUACCCCCCGAGCGAUACACUGGGAAAGAUAGACCCUGGGUCUGGAACAUUCCGUAUGUCAACGCUCCGGACUCCCAUGGGAAUAUCUGGUGUCCCUCGUAGGACCUUCACCUCCCCCAGGCCUUGUAGAUGUGAAGCGGAGACAGCAGGACCAAUGCUGGACA